AUGUCUCGACGCAGUGUCCAAGGUAACAGUGCUCAUAUUGGAUAUGGUGACUCGCUGAGAGAUAGCCAAGUCAAAUAUGAGACCUACUCUGGCCAACCAGGAAAACAAUAUGGCCGAUGCUCUGCAGUAGUCUGCAGGACGAUAACUGUUGCCGAAAAUGUCGAGCUGCGUUGCGCCGCGUUGAAACUUGAGUCGGCCUUUGGACCAACAGGUGCUGGCUGA